UGUGGAUGUGCUGAAGAUUAGUGGCACAAGAGAGGAGGUUUUGUGUUGUGUGAUGUAAUUGAUGGCGGAGAAGGCAUUUUCACACGUUUUCGAUUGAGGAAGAUUGUGUGUGGGAAAAAUUGUGUUGGAUUCUCUGGUAUGAGCUAAAUAUAUAACUUGGGAUGUGAGCGACGAAUUUCACGAAUACACACAGACAGAAACUUUUCCUGCAAGACUUUUCCACCCAUGUGAUCUAUAAUUAAAAUCACACGACAAUAUCGAGUCAUCCUGCUCGAUAUUCCCCAUUGGCAGUGUUGUGUGAAGUGAGAGAGAUAUAUAAGAGUCGGAAAAAUAUCCGUGAUUCUCGGUGGCGAAUUGAAUGUUAGACAUUUUCAUUUGGGUGGAAAAUUGUGUGGUCAUCAUCAGUGGCAAGACAGUCUCAGAGAGUGGCGCACAUCAAACUCCUCCCGAAAGCCUUUUGUGAGAGAAAGCAAGAAAGAUCUAUAAAAAAUUGUGAUAGAAAAUAGUGUAGGGAAAAUGAUAAGAAGUGAAAUUAGAUGAUCUCUGUGGAAAACCUUUAGAAAUUGAUGAACAUUGCAACUGAGUUAUUCUUAGGAGACAAUCAUCAAUCAGUUUUUCCUGUGUGUGGAAGAAAUGUAACUGAGGAAAUUGUGAAAAUUCCUUGAAAAUUCUCAGAGAUUCCUACGCUUGUAGAAGAUCAACCACCGCGCACCAGAAAUGUGUUCCGUUUGUCUGUUAUUAUUAGUAAUAAUGUGAGAUUUGGGAGGUAGAAAGAGAGAAGCAGCUGUGUGUCCUCAUUCGCAAUUGUGGAAGUGUGUGAUAGUGAGAUUUUCCGACCAUAAUAAUUGUCCGACGAUGGUGAUUAUGAUGGUAUGAGGAUGAUGACGAAAACGACAACGAGAUGAGUGGCAAGACGAAUGAAAUUACGGCAGAGUGGACAGUUCAUGCACAGCUCACAAUCAGUCAGCCUGGCGAUGGGACGUCUGUUGAGGAUGGCGAGCCAAAGCCCGUGACUGUUGUUUACAAAUGGAGCUCAGAUGAUGUGAAAGAUGCUCUCGAGACGAAUGGUGUCAGCAAGGGGAAUGUCUCCUUUACAUCAUCAUCAUCAGCGAAUCGACAAGAGGCUGACGGGCAGGAGAAGAUGCCACAAUGCAAGAGCACAUGCAGCAUUGUACUAUCCGCCUGUGCGGAUUUAUUGCCUACCAAUGCUCAAAAUAAGUAUGACCCAGAUACGAAAAGUCACACAGCCGGUGUUCUUCUGGCACGGGAUCAGGGAUCCUCAAUUCAGUCAUCGGCCAGACUUAUUCCACUGAGAGACGCAUUUUCGCAGACAACGCCGAGUGACUGUGAAAUGUACAUUGACAGAGGAGUGCAGAGGAAGUCAUCGCUGACGGAGAAGAGAGGCAAAACGUAUGAAUAUCGCAGGAAGACGGAAUCCAUGCUCUCGCCACCAAAGACACCUGUUGACGAAGGGAAAGUUAAUUCGUCCCCAUACGGCGUGUCACGUUCACCACUGAAUCGAUUCUCACCCUCUUUCACAUCGCCCACGUCCAGCAAGAGGGGUGGCAGUGCCAAGAAGCCACCGAGAACUGUGCACAUCGACGUGUACUGCACGGCGUCAGAUGGAGAGGAGAAUUCCAGUGCAUCUUCCUCAUCGCGCUCUUCGAGUCAUGAUCAUGUGGAGGAUGUCGAGUCAAAUUCCACGCCACAGACGGUGUUUGAGUCACAACAAAUGAGGCUGAUGCACAAGAGAGCGGGCAAAUUUGAGAUGCCACGGCGAAUGGGUGGGAAUCGGCCGGGUUUAGACUCAACGGGAAGUCGAAUGAAGUCCAAUUUGGCAUCGCUGAGUCGAGAGAAUCUCAGGCAAUUGUCGAGCAAAUCCAGCGUAGCGGAUGAGAUUAAUGAGUCGAAGCAAAUGCUGUUCGACAAGCAUUUGGGCAGCAAUAAUGGGAGUAGUAGAAUGUCACUGAGGCAGCGAAUUCUGAGGGACACGAGUGAUGAUUGUCUAAGUUCGAAUUAUCCCAAUUCAUCCUACUCCACAUUCCGCGACAUGACCGUGAGCAGCAUCUCCAGUGCUCAGGCGUCCACGUCUGCUUUGUUUGAGGACAUCAUGGAGACGUCGUGGAAGGAAUCGGAGUGCGGCGAAGUCGGUGGAUUGACGCACAUGCCGCAUGCGUCUUCAGUGGCGCAAUCUUCAGACAGUUUUGAGUAUGAUAAUGCGAAUGAUCGCAACAGGAUCAGACAGAUGGAGGAGUUUCUGCAGAAGAAGAGCACAUCGACGGACAAAGUGUGGAAUUCGCCUCAGGCGGAGCGGAAGUUUCUCAUGCAACAGCAGAGGAUGAGCGAGUUUAUGCGGCAGCGGGAGAAGGAUGACAAGAUGAAGAUGGUUCUGGGCGUUCUGGAGACAGACUCAUCCGAGCAUUCGGGGAAUAUCACAGAAUCUGACAAGGGAUUUCAGCACAACCCGCCGCUGGUGGCCAAGACGCUGAUGCCCAAUGUUAUGGUGGGAUUAGGAAUGUCCAUUAAAGAGCCCAGUCCGGCGUCGACGGUGAAGACUGUGGAGGAUCCUCGAAGGGAGGUGUCAGAGCCGAGAGAUAUCUGGCCGGGAGUGGCGCUGAAGAAGCCACCGAUGUUCCUUAACUUCAAUCGUGACUCUGAGAGUGCUUCCUCUUCGCUCGUGAGCCACUUAUCCGGUUACACGCACGAGUAUCUGGCCAAGGCGAGGAAGUUCGGCACUGUAGUGGGCGCUCUGAAGAAGCCUGGCCAUCACGUGGGUCCAGCGAAGAAUCCCGAGUGCCAGUGUGAGCACUGCCGACGCUGGAUGGCGGAGAGGGACAGAGGCAGAGGGAGAUCGAGUUCCAUCUCGGAAAUGCCGUUGACGUUUGAGGGCUUCCGCACCAGAAAGAAUUACAUAUAAAUGUGCAUUUAAUUAAUAAGUUGUUGUCAAUGUUUCUCUCAAUGUGUAACUUCUUCCCACAAUAGCACAGAAAUUCCAUUUAUCACCAGAUUGUUAACUCUCAAUGUUAUCGCGCGCAUCUGAUAUAAAUUGACAGAAAUAUAUUUUUAGAAUCA